UUGGGGCUGGGGCGCCAGGUUUCAAAACAGGAAGAAUUCUUCAACCUCUCCCACUGCCAGCUGGUGACUCUGAUCAGCCGGGACGAGCUGAACGUCCGCUGCGAGUCGGAAGUUUUCCACGCCUGCAUCAACUGGGUGAAGCAGGAUUGCGCCUCCCGCCGCCCUUACAUCCAAGCCUUGCUCCGGGCCGUCCGCUGCCACUCCCUCACCCCCCUCUUCCUCCAAACCCAGCUCCAAAAAUGCGAAAUCCUCCGUUCCGACAGCAGCUCUCAAGAUUACCUGGAGCAGAUUUUCCAGGAUUUAACCCUUCACAAACCCACCCCUUUUUUCCCCACCCGCGCGCCCAAAGUCGGGCAGCUCAUUUACACCGCCGGGGGUUAUUUUCGCCAAUCUUUGAGUUUUUUGGAAGCUUUUAAUCCACGGGAUGGCUCAUGGAUACGUUUGGCCGAUCUUCAGACCCCCCGGAGCGGGUUGGGGGGUUGCGUGGUGGGGGGGUUGUUUUACGCCGUGGGGGGGAGGAAUAAUUCCCCCGACGGCAACACGGACUCGGCGGCCAUCGACUGUUACAACCCCAUGACUAAUCUCUGGUCCCCCUGCGCCCCCAUGAGCGUCCCCCGAAAUCGGAUCGGGGUGGGGGUCAUCGACGGGCUCAUCUACGCCGUGGGGGGGUCGCACGGCUGCAUCCACCACAGCAGCGUGGAGAGGUGA